UUGACGUAAUUGACAUUUCUGAUUUGCUUCGAAAUUGAUAGAAAUCCGUCUAUUCUCAUUAGAUUUUUCUUGGUCGAUUGUUGUGCAAAUGCUAAAGUGAAGCUGAAAUAGGGGGCGGAUGGCUGUUGUAUACAUGUAAGUGACUAGCACUCUCUCGUAAUCAUGGCUAUGUCAAAGGGAUUUAAGGUACUAGAGAAGUCCGCUCCGCCAAACCCGUACAGUAUAAUCUUACAACAUAGAAAUAAAGACUCAGCGCUUCUCUUCGAGUCUCAAGCUGUGGUCUCGUUGUCAUCUCAAGAAACAGAAACAUUGCGAAAACAGUAUCAUAAAAUCGCGGACGCCUAUGGAGUGCUAGGUGUCCUGCAACUGAAUUCUGGCGAGAAUUGUUUGCUGUACCUAGUUCUUGUAACGGGAUGUUGCUCAAUCGGUAAGAUUGGAGAUGUUGAAGUAUUUAAAAUCACUCAAACGCAAUUUCUGCCACUGUUUUAUCAAACACAAGGUGAGGACAAAGUUUCAGAAGUCAGGAAGUUAGUUAACUCUGGCACUUUUUACUUUUCUUGGAACUCAGGUAAAACUCCUAAUCUUUUUGAUCUCACAUUAUGUGCCCAGCGAAAAAGUAAGGGGGCCAGUCCAGAUAAUAGGUUCUUUUGGAACAGAACCUUGUUUAUACACUUAAUAAGAUAUGGAAUAGAUUGUGAGGAGUGGUUGACCAGAGCAAUGUGUGGUUCAGUGGAAAUCAGGACCAUUUAUGUUGGUCACAGACAAGCAAGAGCAGUAUUGGUCUCCCGUCUCAGCUGUGAGCGUGCUGGAACACGGUUCAAUGUUAGAGGCUGCAAUGAUGAUGGCAAUGUUGCCAAUUUUGUAGAAACUGAACAAGCUAUUUACAUUGAUGAUUCAGUAGUUUCAUAUAUACAAACCAGAGGCUCAGUGCCUCUAUUUUGGGAACAACCUGGUAUCCAAGUAGGAUCACACAAAGUUAAGAUGUCAAGAGGAUAUGAUGCAUCUACCAGUGCAUGUGAUAGACAUUUUUCUCAACUGAAGCGUAACUAUGGCUCUUUAAUAGUUGUAAACCUAUUAGGGUCUAGUUUAAUUGGAGGCAGUGAAGGUGAAGCUACUCUGAGCAAUGCAUUUCAGAAACAUUUGAAUGACUCUGCUCACAAUGAUGUUGUUCAAAUUAUCUUUGACUAUCACCAAGAAGUCAGAGCCUCUUCCAUUGAAACAGCAUUAUCGAAAUUUAGAAAAAUAAUAGAAAAGCACUAUGAUGACAUUAGUAUUUUUAGUGCUAAAAGUUCAGACAUCUAUAAUAUUCAAAAAGGAGUGAUAAGAACCAAUUGCUUAGAUUGCUUGGACAGAACCAAUUCUAUACAAACAUUUAUAGGAUUAGAAAUGUUGGCAAUUCAGUUGAUGCUUCUGCAAUGCAUUGACAAAAAACAAAAUGUCAACCGAUUCGAGGAAGUGUUUAAACAAAUGUGGGUCAAUAAUGGCAAUGAAAUAUCCAAAAUAUAUGCGGGCACUGGUGCCAUUCAAGGAGGCUCUAAACUAAUUGAUGGAGCGAGGUCUGCAGCUCGUACUAUUCAAAAUAACUUACUAGACAACUCCAAGCAAGAGGCUAUUGAUAUUUUACUAUUAGGAUCUACUUUGAACUCUGAACUUGCUGACCGUUCAAGGAUACUAUUACCAUCAAACUUAUUGCACACAUCAACACCAGUGCUCAGAGAAAUGUGCCGCAGAGCAAAUGAGUUCACACAGCCAACUCCUAUCCGAAUCACAAUUGGUACAUACAAUGUAAAUGGAGGAAAACAUUUCAGAAGUCUUGCAUACAAGGAUGUUUCAUUGGCUGAUUGGUUACUUGAUUGCCCUAAUUCAGCUUUAGUGAACACUGUCAACUUAAAGGAACAUCCAUCAGAUAUAUUUGCUAUUGGCUUUGAAGAAAUUGUGGACUUGAAUGCUAGCAAUAUUAUGGCAGCUAGUUCAGACAAUGCUAGAGCUUGGAGUGAAGAAUUGGAAAAGGUACUUUGCAGGGAUGCUCCAUAUACUUUACUAUCAAGUCAUCAAUUAGUAGGCGUAUGUCUUUUCAUAUUUGUAAGGAAAGAUCUGAUUCCACAUAUCAGAGAUGUUGCCCUUGAUUCAGUAAAAACUGGUCUGGGUGGGACAACUGGAAACAAAGGAUCAGUGGGAAUUCGAAUGGUCCUCUAUGGGACGUCGCUAUGUUUUGUUUGUGCGCAUUUCGCCGCUGGCCAGUCUCAGGUUACAGAGCGUAAUGCUGAUUACACUGAGAUAACACGAAAAACUGCCUUCCCAAUGGGUCGGUCGCUAUACUCCCAUGAUUAUGUGUUCUGGUGUGGUGAUUUUAAUUACCGAGUUGACCUAGAUAAAGAUGAGAUACGUAUGUUAGUGUCACAGAACAAUUUACAACGAAUUUUAGACCACGACCAAUUAUUACAACAAAAAGACCAAGGUUUAGUGUUCAAAAAUUGCUUUGAAGGAGAAAUAACUUUCCCACCAACAUAUAAAUAUGACUUAUUUAGCGAUGACUACGAUACGAGCGAAAAGUGUAGAGCACCCGCUUGGACCGAUCGAGUGUUGUGGAGAAGCAGGAAAUCUACUAUUGACCCAGAAGGCACCUCGGAAUUAGCUGCCGGAAAAUUGCUUCAUUAUGGCCGCGCAGAACUUAAACAAAGCGAUCAUCGACCAGUUAUCGCAAUUUUAGAAAUUGAAGUUCUGCAAGUUAGCUAUACAAAAUGCAUGGAAGUAUUUUAUGAAGUAGUAAAGGACCUUGGACCUCCUGAUGCUAGCAUAAUCGUGCAGCCCUUCGAAGAAUACAAUAGUGAGGAGUCCGCCUUUGAUGACAACGUCGUGGCAGCCGUUUUACAGGAAUUAUCUACUAUUGGUGAAGUAACAUUAGUUCGAUUUAUUGAUGAUGCUGCUCUAAGUAUUACUUUUAGAGAAGGGCAAAAUGCUUUGGCAGCUGCUCAGAAGGGACAGAUAUAUGCUUGUUCUAUCCCAUUACAAAUAACUUUAAAGACCCCCAAUUGGAUCGAUAUCGUAAGAGCCGAAAUAAAUUUAUGUUCCAACAAUACGGUCCCUCUGUCGGGAGAAGCACAGCCUGAGAGGCCUCUUAGGUCGGCACCGCCCACCCCUCGCAGACAGCAGCCAAGUAGACCACCGGCGCCAUCACCGACUCCGCUGGUGCCGUCCAGAGCGCCUGCAAUAAGUCCAGCGCGACCACCGCCCCCGCGUCCAGCUCCACUCACGCCUGACGCAGGUAAGGUUACAGCACAGCCUCCGAUCGCGUCGCCUCCAGCAGACAGCGUUCCGCCCCCCACGUGUGCGCCGCCGCCUCCUCCGGAGAGCAGCACGCCUCCUCCAGCUGGGCCGCCGCCACCUGUCCCUGCCAGACAGGGCGCACCGCCACCACUGCCAGCACGGCCUCGACCAUCGUAAUCAACGUAAAUAUAAUGCUACGUCUAAUGUAGGAAUAAUGUGUACAAGCCAAUGUACACUAUUGUAUAUUUUGUGUUACCUUCGUUUAUUUAUUCGUCCCUAAUCUGUAAAAGUUUGCAAUAACUGUUCAAUCAGUAAGCUUAAUGCUGUUUACUUACUAUUGAAUUAUAUGUUUACUAUUUUAUUGCAGAAUUUAAACUGUAAUGCAAUUGCAGUUAAAAUUAUUACUUAUUUAUAUUAUGGAACACUAAACACGAACUAUGUAAUUAUUAUUUAAUUCGAUUUUUUGUUACAUAAUGUAAUUGUUUACCAAAAUUAUAUAUACCUAAAUACCACUAUCGUUGUACCUAUAUUACAGUUGUGCUGGCUUUCAAUUCUAUAAAUUAUGUAUUACAUUUAAUAAUAUACAUAAAAUUGUUGAAAAUAACGCAUAGUUACUACAAGUAUUGUUUUCAAUGAACUGCUUUUGCUUAAGAUUGAAAACCUGUGUUCCAUAUUAACAAAAUUGAAAUAUAUAUUUUAAUGUUCAUUAAUGAUGAUGAAUUUUUGGAUGUUGUUUUGAAAAUAUUUACUGUUAAUAAUUAUAUUUUAGUAGAGUGUUGAAUUAAUAUACCAGUGUUUGUGAGGUGCAAUAUAAUCAGUACGUAUCGAUACGUUAGUGUUGUAUGAGAUUAUUGUAUUAUUUAAAUAUACUUAACAAAGUACCGUGACCAGCAACUGUAUGUCAGUUCUAGCGAGGGCCAGGAACAUGUAUUUAAUAGGCGCCGUAAUUAUAUUUAGAAGCGCCCGCGCCACCGUGUGACACAAGUCUAGUUACGGUAUCGUACACAAUAAUGUAUGUUGUAUUUCCUAAGUCUGUAUUUAUCUACGGCUUUACACAAUCAAUGAAUGAAGAUAACGAAAUUCUUUGGCAACAAUUGGAGUGGUUCCAAUAUCUGAAGACAGUGACCCAGUUCAACAGGCUUACUUUUUACUGUAAUGAAAGAAAUGUAUAAGUAUUAUUAUCGAUUUAAGAACGUGUGUUUUACUCUAUCGUUGAUUUCUAGUAAUAUCUUGGUACUUUUUCACUGAAUAUUUACUAUACUAAUGUUAACACGUAAAUACUGAUAACGUAGCUUAAUGUACACCAUUAUAGACAGAUAGAAAUAAUGCAUUGAUGAUAGCAUUAUCACGCCGAAUAUCUGUAAUAGGUACAUAGCAGUGUAACAAUUAACUUGGAUACUUAAUGUUAAUAAGUUUUCUUUACGUGAUUAUUUUUCUUUCAAACUUCUAAGUCAGCUGUUACUUUAUAUAUUUUUGAAAUGUUCAGUGAUUUUCGUUCGAUGAAUUAAAUAGAAAAUGAAAAGAAUAUAAUAAUUUAUUGCUUACAGCUUCAAUGCUACGUUAUUAACGUACGUAUAUGGAUUUUAUAUCGCAUAUUGAAUAGGUACAUAACAUAACUAUAGCUAAUUGAUUACAUAAUCUUUAUUGGUAAUGUUAAGCAGCUAUGGGGUUCCUGUGUUUGUAGAUGAUGUGUGUAAACUAACAGCUCAUUUUACACAUAACUAGCACUAUUUUGCCUUAGUUCGAUCGAAACAGCUGCCAAUCUAGACUUCUAACAAAGAUAUAAUUAUUAUAGAAUGCUUCCGUGUAGAUCCUGUCGAUCUCUAUUCAUGAAUAUACUUAGGUACAUUUAUACCCAUGACUCAUCUAUCAAUGGUUGCUAUUUAUAAGCAGCUGACUCCAUUGAUUUAUUAGAAACUGCCGAAAAUAGUAAUAAUGCAUCGAAUUCUCAGUAAUCGUCUCGGUUUAUAUUUAUUUAAAUAGGAAAAGCUGUCAUAGAAAUAAGUAGAUUUUAUGCAAGUACAUAGUAUUAUAAUAGGAAGUACAUUACAUACAUUUCCUUUAAUUAUGGUCUAGUUAUCUGGUAGAUACUAGAUCCACGCUACUACUUAGUUAAUUUAAAUUUUAUAUUGUUUAUUUACUUAGGUAUCAUUUAACAAAUACCUAUUCUUCCUACAAAUUAUUUAAAGUUAAACCACAGUAGUCAUUUACUGGUACUUAUUUACUUUUAGUAAAUCAUUAAGUUCCCAGUAAUAUUCAGUGCUGAAUACUUUUUAUAUACAUAUUGCCUAGCAAUUAGAUAGAUUUUAAGUCAUGAUAUAUCAUUAAACUGUUUACUUACUUGGUGUGUCUAUUAAAGGAAAUUAAGUGAUAUGAAUUUAAAACAUUGUCCAGAUUUAUUUUAAUGUUAAAAGGCUGUGUUUUGCAUUUUAUUCAAAUGAGAUGGAAUGUUGAAAUCUCAAUUAUUUUAAAUUUCUUUCAUGUUUGGUUUAGUUAAUGUUUCUGGACUGGUUUGAUGGUAAAAGUUCCAAAAUAUUUUUAUAUCCUUUUUUACCUAGUUACUUUAUAUUAUGUCCUUUUAAAAUAUUUUUUUAUUAAGCGAGUUGAGUUUACAACUCUUCUCGUGAUAGGUACCUGAUUGUUUUCCUUCUUCAGCUCCAUGGAAGAACUGAGUUUACUAAGGUGUUACGUAUUUACUAUCGAUCAAAAUAUUAUGUAUAUCUACUUGAUCCUGAUUAUUAUUAAAGUUGGAUGUUAUUCAUAUUUUUUCAAGCAUAGAGUAGGUUGGUGUUAUAAGGUAGUGCUUUGAAUGUUAUGCUACAUGAAUUCACAAAGUAUGGUUUGCAAUAUAUGGCGUUAUAGGUGAAGACCAGUGUUGAUAUGUUAUACAGUUAUAUCAAAUAUAGAAUUAUAUAAAA